AUGCCCAUGAGACGAGGCUUGAGAUUUGAUGAAUCUCCCGUCUCCUUUCCCUACUUGUCUGACACUCGCUUUGAGAAAGCACUUAUUAAAAGUGAAGACGGCCUAUUUCUCUUGGUGGAGCUUGGACAGCCUCAGUCUCCUCAGCCCCUUCAACUACAGAUGAAAUGCAUAAGGGGCUUGAAGGACAAGGCUCCCCAGGGCUCUUACCGCCUCAGAGUGUCGCUGCUCAGUCGGCCAGGCGGCCGUGUCUGGCAGCGAUGGCACACAGAGCAACCGAAGGCCAGAACCCACCCAGUGAGGCAUGACGGACACUUUUACGAUGUGGGACUGUAUUUCCAUGAGGACCUUUAUGUGGUGCUCCCUCCUGGGAAAGCUGUGAAACCCGGCCUGGCGUUCUUAUUCGAGCUCUUUCUCCUUCGUGGGAAGCACGCCCCUCUCGACUGUGUUGUCGGCUGGUCGGCCUUCCCUUUGUGUGAUAACAACUUUGAUGUAGUGGAGGGAAAAUUCAAGUGUCCCCUUCUCCGAGGACGUUAUGACCAGAAGGUCAACAAUUUCAGGAAGAUCGAAGAUCUGAUUUGUCUUGAUUUGGACCACUGGCUGUGUAAUCUCUAUUUUCAGGUAAUUAAACUUCCUCUGCAUCUGGAUGAUGAAAAAGCCCGUGCGGGACAUGUGCAGCUCCCCCCUGAGUUUCCCGUUCGUUUACCGGCUGGAGCAGAGGAAGCAGAGUCACGUGUGGAAAAUACAACUGGACUUUCAGCGAAAGAAAAAGAGGAAAACCUCUGUGCGUCACUGGAUGAUGGAGCCAAAUCCUCAUUACACUCUUCUCAGGGAAGCAUUUUUAAUAAAAUUGGUUCUUGCCCUUCGGACUGUGAUCUCGAUCUCUUAAAAGAAGGCCAGGAAUUACGCAACAAGGGAGAAAGACUGACUGAUCAUUCUGUGAAAGAAAAAGCAACUGCUUGGGGAACUGGAGAAACUGAAGGUAAUUCACAGGAUAUAUCUUACUUGGAGGAACUGGAAAAACACAGAUUUUCAGUUUGCUGCCCCUCAGGGGCUGGUGGCGCUGGAUCUGGAGAGUUCUUGAAGCACCUCGGCUUUGCACUGGCGUCGGUGUCCGCAGAACUCCAGCUGGCUCAGUGGCGGGGCCAGGGCUUCUGGUACAUUGUCCUGCUGACGGCCUCUCUCUGGUUCCUGGGGCUCUACCUGCAUUACCUCGGCCAGUGGCUCUUCCUCCAGGCCAUCUCCGCUCCUGUUACAAAAUUCCAUUUUCGCCCUCUCACGGUUGAGCUUUGCUACCCGCCUUCAUCACUUCACAUCGGAGAGGAGCUGCUUGUGGUGGUGGUGGGGCCUUUGGUGCUGAACGCAGUGAUAUUUCCUUUGCUUCUGAUCAGAUGGGGCUGUCGGCUGCUGUUUGCCUACUGCCCUGAUGUCUUGUCAAAGUUAAUCAUUGCCAUGGGACUGUGGACAGUUCUGGACCCCCUGGCAGUGUUUAUAGUGGAUACUGUCCUGGGGCGGCUCACACCUACUGGGGAGACUCCUAUGGCUGAUGCGGCAAAGCUGUACUGGGCAUUCAUAAGAACCCAGCAAUCAGGAAUUCUUGGAGUAGUGCUCACAGCGCUAAUUUACAUUCUCCUGGUCGUCAUUGCUUCUUUGAUUUUGUAUGUGUAUUGUCUCAGAUUGCACAGUGAUUCUUGGAUAUUAGAUGCAUUUCAGCGCAUCCACAGUGAAGAAACCAAGUUUUUCAUGCCGUAUGAUUUGGAGAUUUCCAAUCAGGAGCUAAGUUACAUAGUGAAAAAGUCUGAGCAAUGGAGAGGAAUUAAUGGCGAGAGAAGAAAGGAGAUAAUUCAAGAAGCCGCACCUCCAUUUAGUACUGGAUUAGAUAGAGGGGUAGAACUCAGCCUUGUUAUUGACACGACAAACCGUGGACACUGUGGCAUGUGUGGCUUCAGUGUUUCCUGGGAAUAUCCCUCGGUUCUACUUGGGGAAGGUCGGCAGGGAGGAGGAAAAGCUUUGGUGGGGGGCACGAACGGCAAAGUGGGAGAAAACAGAUAA